GGCCAUGUUGUUCUUCUUUGACUCGUUAAGACAGGUUUCAGAUUUCAAGUGUCUCCCCUUACACAUCUGAGCUGCCACAUUCAUCUUCAUGUCGGUUAAGUUUUAUUGCGGCCGCUAGAGGUGGAUGCAAAAACUUGGUCCUGGCUGGGUGGUAUGGACUCAUUGGAUGGACAACAAGCUUCAACACAUUUUCCAAAAACGUUACGCGCUGUGGCAACGAGUGGCAACGGGUGCUAUUAUAUAGUCUAGUGAUUUCCUCGACAUCACUCAAAGGGGCUGUUAUCUUUCUAUUCAAUGAAGGUGUUGGGCUUUUUCGACUUUUAUGGGCGUACCUGCAUGCUAUUGUGUAUAAGUGGAGUUAAAAGUGCGAGAGAAUGUCACAAUUCCACAUUUGAUGCGUCUACUUUGAAACAUGUGACAGUGAGACAUUGGAUUUAAGCGGAGGACUCGAGAAAACUUGCUGCAUGUCUGGAACUGGGACCUCACGCCGAAGAGAAGGGACAGCUCCACAACAUAGAUUGAUGUGAGACUUCAAAGAACAUCAUUGCAGGCAGGCGUUCUCCUAAAAAGUGAUGUGACAGAGUAACCUGUAUGUUAUCCUGCAAGAAAACAUUCAGAAAUUGUGAUAUUUGUAUUAAAAUGGAGAUCAAUUUUAUACACGAGUAACAACUGUAUACCUGUGUAACAUCAUUAUCAAACACAUCAUUGUAAGAUGAGAGCCUUCAUUCCUUUGAACCGGGCCACAUUUGGACUUUUAUGGAGCUGCUUGAGUUUUCUACACUGGGUUCAUUGUGGUUUAGGGGACAACCAUGUGCAUUCUAGUUUUAUUUACAGGAGAUUGCGUAACCAUGAACGGAGAGAGAUUCAAAGAGAGAUUCUCUCUAUUUUGGGUUUACCACAUCGUCCAAGGCCCUUUUCUCCAGGAAAACAAGCAUCCUCAGCACCCCUGUUCAUGCUUGACCUGUACAAUGCCAUGACUACUGAGGAGGAAGAAGGAUUGGGAAUACAAGAGGUUACAGGGAAAGGAUUCAGCGGGAAGGCUCAUGGAAACUCGCGUAAAGGGAACUACGGCUAUCCGCAGGGAUACACUCGUGUGGCGCAACCUUACCGCGCGGCCCCUCUGACGAGCCAAAUCCCUCCACUCACUACAUCUCACGACACCAACUAUCUCAACGAUGCUGAUAUGAUUAUGAGCUUUGUCAACUUAGUGGAGAAAGACAAAGAUUUCUCCCAUCAGCGGAGACACUACAAGGAGUUUCGUUUCGACCUGACUCAGAUCCCAGAGGGAGAGGCGGUGACUGCUGCUGAGUUUCGGAUCUAUAAAGAUGGCAGUCAUGCCCGCUAUGAGAACAUUACUCUGAAGGUCACCAUCUACCAGGUCAUCAAGGAAUAUCAAAACAAGGAUGCAGAGACAUUCUUGUUGGAUUCCAAAAAGAUCAAGGCCUCUGAUGGGGGCUGGCUGGUCUUUGACAUCACAGCCACCAGUAACCACUGGGUGCUGAACCCACUGCAGAACAUGGGUCUGCAGCUCUCUGUGGAGACUUUGGAUGGACGGAGUAUAAACAUGAAGUCUGCUGGCAUCGUUGGAAGGAAUGGGCCACAAUCCAAACAGCCAUUCCUAGUGUCAUUCUUCAAGGCCAGUGAAGUGUUGUUGCGCUCUGUCAGGGCUGCUGGUGGAAAGAGAAAGAACCACAACCGCAACAAAUCAGGUGGUCAACAGGAAUCACCACGGGCACCCAAAAGUGGAGAUCAUAACACCAGUGAGCAAAAACAAGCCUGCAAGAAGCAUGAACUUUACGUCAGCUUCCGAGACUUAGGAUGGCAGGACUGGAUUAUUGCACCGGAAGGUUAUGCUGCUUUUUACUGCGAUGGGGAAUGUUCCUUUCCACUCAAUGCACAUAUGAAUGCGACAAAUCAUGCCAUUGUGCAAACCCUGGUCCAUCUGAUGUUCCCUGACAAUGUGCCAAAGCCAUGCUGUGCACCGACCAAGCUGAACGCUAUAUCUGUGCUUUACUUUGAUGACAGCUCAAAUGUCAUCCUCAAGAAAUACAGAAACAUGGUUGUUAGGUCAUGUGGUUGCCAUUAAUGGGGCAAGCAGGAUUGUAUUUCAGAUAUGUGGUAUUGCUGGAAAAGUUCACAUCAAUAUAGAUAGAUCUGAAUGUGUGUUGUGCUGUACAGUAUUAUGUAUAUAUUAGUUUUAUUAACUUAUUUAUUUCCCCCUAUUUUUGUGAUAACACUCAAUAUUGUACAAUGAGUAUUAGUCCAUGUAUAUUUGACAUCACUUAGCACUCUCUCCUAUAGGCCAUAGCGAACAUAUACAAUUACAUUGUAAUAGUUAUAGCAUUUCAUUGUACAUCUUAGUAAAAGGAAACCUCUCUAUAAUAU